GUCACAUGUCCUUCUGCUGGAAGGGAUCUAGCUGCUACAUUAUCUGCUAACAACACCUCAGAUUCACAAAGGUGUCACAUUUAUAGCAUCUGUCUCAGUCACUGACAAAGAACAAGAUGAACAAAUACAGGAAGCAAAUAGCAGAGCAGUUCCUGAGUCAGGCCCUGGGCAUCAUCUGCCUGCUGACCGGAGAGGAAUACACCAUUGUGAAGAAGAGGCCCUCCCACAGCAGCAUUCAACAGCUGAGUGGAGAGGUGCCUAUAAAGUGUGAUGAUGUUGCUGUGUAUUUCUCUAUGGAAGAGUGGGAGUAUAUAGAGGGACACGAGGAGCUUUACAAGGACGUCAUGAUGGAGACCCACCAAGCACUAAGUACUAUGGAGAUCACAGGAAAUGAGAGCUCAGAAUUAACAAGUCACAGAGAUGAAAAUCUAGACACAGGAGCAUAUGGAGACCUUGUACAGAAUAUUCAGCCAGUGGAAACCCCAUCAGACGUCUCUGCAGAACUAACAGGUCACAGUGAUGAACAUCUAGACACAGGAUCACAUGAAGAACUUGUACAGAAUGUUCAGCCAUCAGAUGUCUCUGCAGGUGAAAAAGAUGCUAAGAUUUCAUGUAACAUGGAACAAACAGAAGAUCAGUGGCUAAGUAAUAUGCCAGAAGCAGCAGAGCAGGAAAUAUGUGACAACAUAAAUACAGGUGAAUCCACAAAAUGCAAUAAUCCUACUUAUGAUCAGAGUGCAGAUGCUUCUUUACAUCAUCUUCAAAAUCAAAGAAGCUACGUGGAAAAUGUAUGUUCUUAUUGUGGGAAAUGUUUUCGUAAGAAAUCACAUCUUCUUACACAUCUAACAAUUCAUACAGUAGAAAAUCAAUUUUCUUGUCCUAUAUGUGGGAAGUGUUUUAACCUUAAAAACAUUCUUGUUGCUCAUCAGCAAAUUCAUACAGGGGAAAAAGGAUUUUCAUGUUCUGACUGUGGGAAAUGUUUUACUCGGAAAUCACAUCUUAUUGAUCAUCAGAAAAUUCAUACAGGUGUGAAAGCAUUUUCAUGUUCUGAAUGUGGGAAAUGUUUUACGUGGAAAUCAAAUCUUAUUAGGCAUCAGAAAAUUCAUACAAGGGAGAAAGGAUUUUCAUGUUCUGAAUGUGGGAGAUAUUUUAGUCAGAAAUCGGCUCUUGUUAGUCACCAGAAAACUCAUUAUAAAAGUUUAACCUCCUAAAUGCAGAGGGUGACAUGUAGUUGUCAUCCACAAAAUACCUAAUGUUGAUGAUGACUGCAUGUGACCCCCUGGGGCACACAGUUUUGGAGCUGUUUGAGGCCGCUUCUGCACCUCAAGCGUUUAUGAGGUGCAGAAUCUAAAUCACUAGUCGGUAAGACCUAUUUAAAUCAUGUAUUUUAUUUUUAGAAUAAUACGUUUUCAGAUUAUUGUUUUCAGUUAAAUUAGACCAUUACUGGUUUGGUUAUAUAUCAUUAGAUAUGCAUAGAUAGAUCAUUGAAAUGAAUGACAUUAUUUAGAGGUGAACUAUCUCCAGUUUAAUUGGUUAAUCAUUCAAAUUUGAUAAACUUUUCACCUGUACUUUAUUGGAAGGAGUCGGAGAAAAAUUAUUACAUUAAUAAUAACAAUAAAAAUAGUUUUAUUUAACUAAAACAAUAACAUAACUUUUUAUUUUAAAUUUUUAAUGAUUGCCCCUCCCUCCUCACACUUAUUUCCUUGUUCAGAUCUAUUCCACUCCAAGUGUACAGAGAUUUGCAGGUGAGCAAUGGUAUUAAAGGAAAGGAAAGUCAAAAUUAAACGUUCAUGAUUCAGAAAGAACAUGCAUUUUUUUUUAACAAUUUUCCAAUUGACUUCUUUUAUCUAAUUUGCUUUGUUCUUUUUGGUAUCCAUUGUUGAAAAGCCUGCAUAGGUAGCUUCACUCAGAUGCAAUGCACUACUGUCAGCUAGCUGCUUGUUACUGUCUCACCCAUUGUAUUCAGAUAGGUCCUCAAUAGAGCAUUUGCUCUCCUUCAAGAAAGGAUUCCAAAAGAAUGAAGCAGAUCUGAUAAUGGAAGUUAAUAUGAAAAUUGUAUGCUCUAUCUGAAACCCAAAAGUUAUCUUUUAUAAUUAUGUCCCUUUAAGGUCUAUUUAUCAACUCUGUAUGUUAAUUUUAUAACAUUUUAUUGUGAAGAAGGGACAUUUUAUUUCUGCAGACACAAAUUCACAGUUUUGAGAACUACAAAACCAAUAAUAUGUGAUAAUAUCUUCAAUAUUGAAAACAUUUCCAAAAUAAUCUGACAGAAACCUAUGGAAGAGAAUGACAUUGUGAAUGGAUUUAUGGAAUUAAUUUACCAAAACAAACAACAAACAUAACAGCCAUGGAUAUACAGUAUCUUGCUAUAUAAUUAAAAACGAAUCUAUAUUUCAGGAGGAAUAACCUUUGGAUUAUAAUAUAUAUCUUAAAUAGCAACUAUCUUUAGAUAGGAUUUUUUUUUAAAAUAGAAUGUUUCUUAAAAAAAAAAAUCCAUUGGGCGGAGCCGGGUGUCACCAAAGAUGGCGGCGUAAUUCCGAGCUCCGUUGAUGGCUCAGUAACUAAGUUUAAUUAACAGGGGACUGCUCUGCUCUAAUAGGGGCAAAAUGAAGAAAUCGCCUCACUAAGAACUCAGGAACCGCUUUCGACAUUUCAACAAGACAACGGAACGGCUGAAAGCUGACGCGGCAGUGAUCCCAAGUGCGGCCUAGUCACGCUCAAAGCGCUCUACGCAGCUGGUGGCGGGGAACAUAUCUCGAGGCUCCGGAGGGCCGCAGCAAGAACAUCGGGACCCCUAACGCCCUCAGCAACCAGUGGUGAGUGCUGCGUAUCUUACCCAGAUCAGAUUGGGGGCAUAAGUAAAUAAGCCUACAGCAACCUGGGCGAUAACCGGUCACUUUAUAUCCUUGACUGACUGUGGCAGCAUUCAGCGCACCACUUAGACUCCAGACAAACAGGGUAUAUAUUUCUCCAGUACCCUUAAAUAAUAAAACCCUCUGUGGGGGAAGGUACAUUACAGUGCAAGCUCAUGAUUAAUCUACAAAUUGUCUCUCAAUCCCUUGGCCCCUGCUCUUAAACAAGCAGCACACGUGGGAUAUUACAAGACAGCGCAUAUUAUAAACAACGGCUGCCCUACACUCACUGGACUUAAACUUUAACAUCUUUGCAAUGGCAACUAGGCAAAAACCCAGACAGGAGAAGCCAAGUAAACCUCAAUCUAGUAAGAAUCACUCAGUCACAUCAUACUUCAGUGCAACUGAACAAACAGUACACAGUGACAGCCCACUGCCAGGGACAACUGAGUCUCAAAAAACACCAGCUUCA